AUGAUUUCCAGGGUGAAUUUUAAGAGGAAAUUCUCGCCGCGUAUCGUUCCGAUAAUAAUCUUAAUUAACAAUGUUUUAGUCCCUCAAAUGAUCCGGCAGGAUCCAACGGUGAUGUCUUGGGCCCUUUGGAUCGCUACCCUAACAACAACCUCGGCUGCUCUGGUAGCGGCUGCGCUCGCUGCUCUCUUGGCAGUUUUAAAUACAGCCACCUCGCCGAGAUCGAAGAUUCUAUCCAUUCCUGGCGUGUAUUUUAUAAAUAUGUUAACACUGUUGAUGUGCUUAGCAAGCACUUGUACUUGGUUAGCGCAAUAUUACACAAGACUGUACAUCAAUGUGCUUCCGAAGGAGGACAUCGAUAAUAUGUGGACCAGCGAGGGUUCCGCUGAGCUUGGUUAUUCAUUUUGGCUUGUGGUUAGUGCCGGCGUUGUACAUCUCAUUAGUAUAGCAUUAGUUGGCUGGGGCUCGGGUAGAGAAAAGGACGAUCGUCUGGAACCGAUACCUGCACUUGAAGAGAAAACUGCCGCAGCGAUAAUGUUAUAUUAAACGUUACAAUAGUGUUAAAAUUUGAUUGAAGACUACGAUCGAAUUACGUUAAUGUGCGUAAUAUCAAAUUGACAGUGGCUAUAUCAAAAUGGGACGAAAAUUAGUUGAGAUUAAAUAACGAUACUAUUUUCGUUCGUAUAUUUGUGCCUCGCACAGUUCCUAAAUAACCGCCAGGCGUUUGCGAUCACUUGCCCAGAUACACUCCAGUUUUGCAACAGAUAUUGCGCAAUUUGACGCCGAAUUAAAACGCGAGUAUAAACGUACUUAAUCGUUUAGCAUGUUUGAAACGCGCCGAUCAAGAACAGUAUUUGUUGUAUGCGACGAAUUAAGAGCUGAGACGUGUAUCACCCAUGUACACAAUUUUGUUGAUAUUAUGUCAGUUUGCAAUACUCGUUAUUCUUCGACAACAAUUGACGAAUUUACGUAGAACAAGCGUUUCGUGUGUAAUAUGUCGAUUAUGAUUGAAAGUUGUGCGCUGUUCGCUUUACACAAAAAAGACGAGAUCGAGCAUGGAAAAGCGCUUUAUUGUAGCUUAAACGAUAAAUUCGUUUUUGUCAAUAAGGCCGCGAUCUAGUUUCUGACAAUAACAGUUGCAGACUUCGGUUAACAAAUUUUUAUUGUUGGUAGUGUAUAAAUAUUCGUAUACAGACGUGUGUGUGUGUAAAUUAUGCGCUACGAAUUCAAACAGUAUGUAUUUCUGUCACUUUUGUUAUCGAGUUAUCCCCCGAUAUAUUUCGCAAAUAGCUAAAAUCCAUUCUUACAUCUUUAUUUAGCAUCUUUCUUUUUACACAAAGGCGCUUGUUUUGACUAGACUGGGCUCUUGAGGGAGAACGAUAAUAUAUAUUUUAUUACUACCUUUAACUCGUUGAAGAGGAUAUUUUAUAAAUGCAAGUGUGACGUGCCUUUUCUUCGAGACAUUGAAUACUUUUAACAGUUAUGUCCAUAUAAAAUGUACGAUUUAAUGCCGCGAUCGUAGCGAAUCGUACGUGGAGAACGUGAAAUGUAAAUACAAUAAGAAGUUUGCUCCUCGGGAGUUUAUUUAUUACAAUGAUGUCGCGGGCGUAAUAAUAAAACAGCGAGCAGGUUAUAGAAUAUGUUACAAUCAUCGUAUAUACUUUAUUUUCUCCAUUACGACGAGAAUCCUCGUUCGCGUAAUCUAACUUCCACAUGUCGAUUUCAUGCGUAGCAUAUACAAUCGUUCGCUGUGGGUGACGGGA